AUGUACGUGGCUGACAAGGAGCAUGAAUUCGAGCUACUUCCUGCUAUGUCGAUCGGUGAACGAUGGAGCAUGUCAUGUGCGCUGGAUGUCAGGGAUGAUUUAGCGGCGGCAGCAGCCACAUUGCACCCAAUUGUGUUAAUGUCAAAGCUAAAGUCGCCCAAGAUAAGGUCGCCGUAUAAGUCGCCGAAUGGGCCACCGUAUGCGUCGCCGUACGAUGAACAGUCUAAGGAGACAGGAGUUCAAAAGCCGAUAAAAGAGGUGGUAUACGUUCGCCUUCGCCGUAACGAGCGCGCACAUCAAGUCGUAUUAUCGUCGGCUGAAAAAUACUCCUACGCUGCUGGAACCUCUUCUCGACCAUUUGUCAAGUCUGUCAAGUGCUGA